AUGGACGACGAAGACGAUGCGCUCCCUCCCCCAAUCCGUCGCUCACCACGAGCUGUGCUUCAGCAGCGCCAGACAGCCUUGCGUGAGGCCAUGUCUGCAGAUAACCAUCUUGAUGAAGCAGCUCCUGUGAUCUCGUACAAUCGCUCCGUUUCGCUGGAGAGCAGGUCAAUCCCGCAAGCUAACUCAAGGGUCAAUCCGCUCGCAUCGCAUCCAGUCGCGAGCGGCACUGCAGAACGGGAAUAUACUCCAGGUGUCGCAGACUUUUCGCGACAUCGCUUCUCCCAUCCGUUCUGGGAGGAGUUGAAACCUUUCCAAGUCGAGGCACCCAGGCCCUCACAGCCUGCACCCCCACCCGUUCCUCGCCGCUCUCCAGCAAAACUCAAGUCCUAUCGCACCAACAAGCGCCUACCGCCACACCUCAACCGCCGGACUUCGCUUGAGACGAUUGCCUCGGUGACAACUACCCAGUCCCUUUCCUCGGAUGAGGAAGAGCAAGACCCACCAGAAGCAUCAACGCCUUCACAACAUUCUUUCACACUCGAGGACGAUGGGGCCUCUACCCCCGUACCUUCAGAUGUGCAGUCUUUGGCUUCGUCAAUGCGGAAAGCUAGUUUGAACUCACUGAACUCCUAUGAUCCAGCUGUUGCACCCGUGCUUUCCCCGGCAUUGGUAGAAAGAGCACAGAAAUCCUUGUUCCGAAAAGUGACGAACCGCAAAUCAAAUGAGCCAACAGCCGUAGCAGAUCACCUGACCGACGAAAAGAAUACGUCUGUCCUCCGGACGUCACAACCCUUGAGCUUUUCAGAAUCCACUCAGUCACUCCCAGUGAAACGCACUGCCAGCCUCGAGCGUUGUAACACCGAGCGAAGUCAAUCAGGAUCCAGUAGCGGGUGGAGUGCAAGCAAUUUCGACAUGUCUACGCUCAGCGAAGCAGAGAUCAAGAAGUGUAAAAAGAAAGGCAUCAAUCCAGCAUUGUAUGCAGAGAUGAGGGCCGCCAGGAAGGGCAAAUGGACUAGUCCGAUCGUUGGGAAUACCUUUCUUUAA